AUGACUGACAAGAAAAAUCCACAACUCACACAAGCUGAGCUCAUGGCCCAAUUCGCUGAACUUCAAGUAGAAGUGCGAAGGAUAGCCGAGCUAUCCGCGCAGAACAACAGAAAGCAUGAGGGAGAAAGCUCCAAAAGCUCGGCCCAAGGCAACACAGACCCCUUAAACAUCACUCCACCAAAGGAGAAGCUUACGCUCAACAAUCCCUUUUCCGAGGAGAUCACAAAGUACCAGAUGCCAAAAAACUUUGCACAACCUUCCGCGCUUGAACCAUACAAGGGGUUCGGUGAUCCCCGAGCUCACAUGAAGAAGUUUCAAUCCAUGAUGUUCUUCAACGGUGCUAACAAUGAGCCUGUCCUCUGCCGAGCCUUCCCUACUUACCUCGAUGGUGCUACAUUACUCUGGUUUUCUAAGUUGUCUGCAGGUUCAAUUUCUUCCUUUGAGGACCUAGCAAGGUCAUUCAUUGAUUAUUUUGCUCCGUCAAGAAUAUACGUGCAUGGAUCAGAUUACCUCGGCACUAUCAAGCAAGGCCAGCACAAAAGUCUGAAGGACUACAUGACCCAAUUUGCGGAAGCAACAAUGGAGAUUCAAGACUUAGAUCCCGCGGUCCACCUGCACGCCCUCAAGGCCGGCCUCAGACCUGGCAAAUUUCGAGAAACAAUUGCAAUUACAAAACCAAAAACACUGGAAGAAUUCCGCGAAAGGGAUGCAGGACAGAUGGAAAUCAAGGAGCUUCGUGAAGCUCAGAAAACAAACAAACAGCUACACAGAAGGGAUGAAGACAAAACAUUCCGAUCAAACAAUAAAGAGCCAAAGAAGCCCUUCAAGCUCACACUAAAAUUCAACACUUACACCAGGUUCAACACCAAGAGAGAGAACAUGAUCAAGGAAAUUUUGAAUGCCAAAAUUGUGAAGCCACCAGCCCGAGCAGGGAACUACCAAGACCAAAGGUUCAUAAAUAGAAGCAAGCAUUGCGCCUUCCACCAGAAGUUCGGCUACACUAUGGACGAUUGCAUCGUUGCAAAGGACCUGCUCGAAAGACUAGCACGCCAAGGGGAUGAGCACAAACAAGCAGGGCCAGAUAAGAACAAAAAGGAGCAGACAACUUCUGAUCCACCAAGAGGAAUCAUCAGCCACAUAUCAGGAGGAUAUGCAGGCGGAGGGGAAACAAACUCGGCUAGAAAACGAAGCUAUAGGGCAAUGCUGGCAAUCGAAGGAACAUUGAAGCCAAAGAAGGAGAAGCACCCAGAUGUCACGAUAUCCUUCAACCAAGUAGAUUUCAGAUCAGCAAGCCCUAACCUUGACGACCCAGUAGUGAUCUCCAUCCAAGUCGGAGAGCUGUUGGUAAGGAAAACACUGCUGGACCUUGGUAGUAGCGAUGAUGUUUUGUUCUAUUCUACCUUUAAAAAGACGAAGUUAUCAGAAAAACUAAUACAGCCCUUCUCGGGAGAGCUAAUUGGGUUCUUCGGAGAAAGGGUCCCCAUCAUGGGACAUAUAUGGCUAACGACCACAAUGGGAGAGAUCCCUAUGUCGAAAUCCAUUGAUAUUCAGUACCUAAUAGUAGAUUGUUAUAGCCCUUAUAAUAUUAUAAUCAGGAGACCCGCCUUGAAUAUAUUCAAAGCGGUAGUGUCCACGUUACACUUGUGUAUUAAGUUUCCAGUGCAGGAAAACAGAGUAGCAACAGUGUACGCCGAUCACCAAGAAGCUCGACAGUGCUACAAUGCUAGUCUAAAGCAAAUCCAAACGAAGCAGGGAGCUCGGCCAUAA